AUGGCGAUGCGGCCUGUGUCCUGGAUGCUGCGGAGGGUCCUGAGGACCAGCACCCGGAAUUGUAGCUCGGGGGCUCCGGUGACGCAGCCCCGUCCCGGAGAGUCCUCCCAACCUGCCGCGGAGGAGCUGUCCAGGCGAAGAAAGUUCCUGAGAGAGCACACUGCCCCCUUCUCUGCCUUCCUCACCGACAGCUUUGGCCGCCAACACAGCUACCUGCGAAUCUCCCUCACAGAGAAGUGCAACCUCAGAUGUCAAUACUGCAUGCCCGAGGAGGGGGUCCCACUGACCCCCAAGGCUGACCUGCUGACAGCUGAGGAGGUCCUGGCCCUCGCACGGCUCUUCGUGAAAGAAGGAGUGGACAAGAUCCGGCUCACAGGUGGCGAGCCACUCAUCCGUCCUGACGUUGUGGACAUUGUGGCCCAGCUCCAUCAGCUGGAAGGGCUGAGAACCAUUGGCGUCACCACCAACGGCAUCAACCUCGCCCGGCUGCUGCCUCAGCUUCAGAAGGCUGGUCUCAACGCCAUCAACAUAAGCCUGGACACUCUGGUGCCGGCCAAGUUUGAGUUCAUUGUCCGAAGGAGAGGCUUCCACAAGGUCAUGGAGGGCAUCCACAAGGCCAUUGACUUGGGCUAUAGCCCUGUGAAGGUGAACUGUGUGGUGAUGCGAGGCCUAAAUGAAGAUGAGCUCUUGGACUUUGUGGCCUUGACCGAGGGUCUCCCCCUGGACAUACGCUUCAUAGAGUACAUGCCCUUUGAUGGCAACAAGUGGAACUUCAAGAAGAUGGUCAGUUAUAAGGAGAUGCUGGAUACGGUGCAGCAGCGGUGGCCCGAGUUGGAGAAGCUGCCGGAGGAGGAGUCCAGCACAGCUAAGACCUUUAAGAUCCCAGGUUACCAAGGUCAGAUCAGCUUCAUCACGUCCAUGUCUGAGCACUUCUGUGGGACCUGUAACCGGCUGCGAAUCACCGCUGAUGGGAACCUCAAAGUCUGCCUUUUCGGGAACUCAGAGGUAUCUUUACGGGAUCACCUGCGGAUGGGGGCCUCUGAGGAGGAGCUGCUGACUAUCAUUGGUGCCGCCGUGCGUAGGAAGAAGAGGCAGCAUGCAGGCAUGUUCAAUAUUUCCCAGAUGAAGAACCGGCCCAUGAUCCUCAUCGGUGGGUGACCAUCAAGUUCUCUUUGAUGCGCCAGGAUUCCCCACCAGCCAUUCCAAGCGUUUCUUCCUGGGACUUCCUUCGUGGUCAGAAUCUGAGACCCAGAGUGAGUUUCUCCAACCAGAUGGCAACUUUAUGGAAAGAAUACAGGGUUCCCCAAAUUCCUCUCCUAGCCCAGCAGUGGCUGGGACCGGGCUCCCCUCAAAGACACUAUAGCUCCCUCCCAGACUCAGCCACCAACUCAAAGUGCCUUAACCCAGGGUCCCAGGCUCCUGACAUGCCCUCAGGACCCAUGCCACCCUCGGGCCAACUAAGCCAUGUGGACACGGAAGGACGGGCAGCCAUGGUAGAUGUGGGCAGGAAGCCAGACACAGAGCGGGUAGCAGUGGCCUCCGCUGUGGUCCUGUUGGGGCCUGUGGCUUUCCAGCUCGUCCAGCAGAACCAGCUCAAGAAGGGAGAUGCCCUGGUUGUAGCCCAGCUUGCUGGAGUCCAGGCGGCCAAGCUGACCAGCCAGCUGAUUCCUCUGUGCCACCAUGUGACCCUGAGCCACAUCCAGGUGCAGCUGAAGCUGGACAGCACGCGCCAUGCUGUGGUGAUCCAGGCGUCUUGCCGAGCCCGAGGCCCCACGGGAGUGGAGAUGGAAGCUCUGACCUCGGCUGCAGUGGCUGCCCUCACCGUGUACGACAUGUGCAAGGCUGUGAGCAGGGACAUCGUGCUGGAGGAGGUCAAGCUCCUUAGCAAGACUGGGGGCCAGCGGGGGGACUUCCACCAGACUUAAAGCUUCUGUCCUCCACCCCCAUGGUCCAACUAGGCUAGCAAGUAGGUCCAAUUGGGCCAAUGCGGAGAAGUCAAGUUCUUUAAU